AUGCGACGAGCAUAUCGGGGUAGAGGAUGUCCUCAAUUCGGGCUGAGCGGUCGGAAGACGGAGUACACCUGCGAUGCUUGUGACCGCAGUUUUCACAGCGAAGCUGAGCGUAUUUCUCAUGUGGCCGAGCAUCAGAAAUGCCCUUGGGUGGGUUGCAACAUUAUAGCGCAUCCGAAGAUUCUGGAUAAGCACAUCAAUCUGCAGCAUCUCACGGGAUUAGCUGACCGGAUACCAACCUUGAACACUCCGGAGGAAAUUGCGAAAUGGAGGGAAGAGCGUCGGAAGAAUUUUCCUACGAAAUCUAAUGUGGAACGCAAAGCUGCCGAUGCGGAAGAAAGAAAGGCGAAAGGUGUGCUGGAGGCUCCGGUGAGAAAGUUUGCGCAUCCGAGAAUGCCUUACCUAUCCAAUCGAGGAAGGGGUCGAGGUCACAACAGAACUAGUGAUUCUUCAAGAUUUCAGCGGGGGCGUGGGCGGGGUAGAUCCAGUUUCCGUCAAAUCCGUGGCAGAUUUCAUUCGAAUUUUGGGCACUAUCCACCGAACUAUCAGCCGCUGGAAAACACGCCUAUGGAAAUCGAAGAUCCCGAGGCUCCGUUUUUCUUCGGUGAAUUGAGCGAAGAGGAGGGUUCUGACGGUGGAGAUUCCAAAUCAAGCUUUGGAUUCAAAGCUCGAGGUUUCAUGGGAAAAACAAAUGAUGCUCACUUUAGACAGAAACCGGCUUCGAAUACGUUCGAUGUUAACGACGAUGAUGACGAAAAUGUUUGUGAUAUUGAGCGUUUCCAUGGAGUUCAGAGUUUGGUGCGACACAAAAGGGACAUGAAGCGUCGCGUGUACAAGAUCUUCGGACAUUUGUUGUCGAAGGAAAUCCGAGAUUUAAGAAGGGCCAAAAGAGUAGCGAAAGCCGGAGCCAGCUCUUUAAAACCCAAAAAUGAGUGCUCAGAGAUCAGCGACUCAGAUGGAGAAUGUUCGAAAUCUUUGAAUCAGACGGAAUAUCCCGAAAUAAGCCGAUCGAAUCCGGAGAUGGGAUUGCGUGAUCCAACUGCCUCCCAAAGUUCUGGGCUCUUGGCUAUCCUCGGGAAUUACAGUUCCUCGGAAGAGGAAGGCGAAGUGAAAAGUGAUGCAGGUAAUUUUCUGGUUUCGAUUUUCUGGAAACCGGCCCUAAUUUUGAUGCAAUGUACUGCACUGUGGACAGAGGAAAAGCCGGCCGCAAUGCCGGAACUCGAAGACGGGGAGAUAGCCGAAGAUGUUGACAAUUCUCCUAGCGCUCGAAUAUCUUCUGACGUGGCGGAAGAGAAAACGAAAAAUGUUAAGGAAGAAUCGGAUAUUCCUGAAUCUAAAGACACAGCGUUGGCAAAAAGUGCUCGAAGGAAGCGAAAAUACCGUCGCAAAACACAAAAUGCGGAGGAACCGAACGAAGCUGACGUCACGAAAAAUGUAGUUAAGGCAAGCAGUGAUAGAAAAACGGGAGCAACACGUGAUUUACCUCGCAAGCCUUUCGUCGCUCCCAUACGGCAGACGCUUUUGUCCAAGCUUCUUGCGAACGACAUUCUUCGCGAAAGAAGCAUGAUAUUCCAGUGCGUUAAAUUCGUAGUCUCUGAAAACUUCUUCGAUGAAGUUCCGAAGAGCGGAUGA